GUCUUUAUAUUCAGCCAACAGUCACACUUCUGUCAGAACUGAAGAAAGAUACAGAGAGAACACAUUUUUCAACACCUGAAGAAAAUUAAUCUUCUUCAUCAGGAUGGUGAAGCAGAGAGACAAUAACAGGAACUCUGAGAGCACACACAGGUGUGGAGUGUCCUGUUUAGGUCCUCUGUCCUUCCACAAUCAGGCUGUAGGGGACAUGAUCCGCCUCAGCAUGGGGGAUCGAUUCGCAGAGAGAAGUAACGAGAACUUCAAGGAUGGUCUGGUGUUUAGCAGUCGCCCACUGAAGGUUCAGGAGAAGGUUCGUCUCAGAGUACAAAACGUUUUAGAAAACUGGAGUGGAUCCCUGCGUGUGGGCUUCACCAACGUGCCUCCAACAUCCAGAACUCUGCCUCUGCCCAACAUGGCCAUUCCUGUACUCACCAACACUCCCGGGCACUGGGCUGCUCCUGUAAGUGCAGUCCACUGUGGGCCUGGUUCAGAACUGGAGUUCUGGGUCUCUGCUGGUGGUUCCUUGUACUUUACAAGCAACAAGAGCAGCCAGCAGGAGCUUCUGACAGGAGUGGACCUGAGCAAACCCCUGUGGGCCAUGAUCGAUAUCUACGGACAGACCUGCUCUGUUUUCUUACUGGGAUCAGAGAAAAAAGAGAAGUUUCACAGCAGAAAGUCCUGUCCUGUGCCAGAAUACCUCGCCCCACCUGAUGUUGACAAAGACAAGCAUGUUUCAUUACCUGUCCAAGAAACUCCAUCAGAGAGGACACACAGGUGUGGAGUGUCCUGUUUAGGUCCUCUGUCCUUCCACACUCAGGCUGUAGGGGACAUGAUCCGCCUCAGCAUGGGUGAUCGAUUCGCAGAGAGAAGUAACAAGAACUUCAAGGACGGUCUGGUGUUCAGCAGUCGCCCACUGAAGAUUCAGGAGAAGGUUCGUCUCAGAGUACAAAACGUUUUACAAAACUGGCAUGGAUCCCUGUGUGUGGGCUUCACCAACGUGCCUCCUACAUCCAGAACGCUGCCUCUGCCCAACAUGGCCAUUCCUAAACUCACCAACACCCCCGGUCACUGGGCCGCUGCCAUAAAUGCAGUCCACUGUGGCCCUGGUACAGAACUGAAGUUUUGGGUUUCCUCUGGUGGUUCCUUGUACUUCACAAGCAACAAGAGCAGCCAGCAGGAGCUUCUGACGGGAGUGGACCUGAGCAAACCCCUGUGGGCCAUGAUCGAUAUCUACGGACAGACCUGCUCUGUUUUCUUACUGGGAUCAGAGAAAAAGGAGAUAUUUCACACCAGAAAGUCCUGUCCUGUGCCAGAAUACCUCGCCCGGCCUGAUGUUGACAAAGACAAGCACGUCCCAUUACAUGUCCAAGAAACUCCAUCAGACGCUGAAAUGGACCCUGAGGUCUGCAUGGCUGAAGAGGCCACAGUCACUCUGAACUGUGAAGUGAAACAUGACGAACCACUUUCUACAAGUCCUGACCCUGAAGUGGACCCUGAGGUCUGCAUGGCUGAAGAGGCCACAGUCACUCUGAACUGUGAAGUGCAAAGUGACGAACCACUUUCUACAAGUCCUGGUACGCUCCAGUGAUUCAAGACACACGGGAGUGUGGCUGCUUCCUGAUUUGACUCCAACCAGGAACAACUGUCACAUGUGAACAUAAUAACGUGCAAAUUUUUGGAGAGCAGCCAUUACCAACCUUAAGAACAUAAGUUAUGUUCAACACUUGGGACAAAGAUGGAGCAUUUGUGUGUGUGUAUGUGUGUGUGUGUGUGUGUGUGUGUGUGUGUGUGUGUGUGUGUGUGUGUGUGUGUGUGUGUGUGUGUGUGUGUGUGUGUGUGUGUGUGUGUGGUGCAUGGGUUCAGAAAAAUGAAGACUAAUGCAUGAUUUAAAUCUCAUGGGUAUGCUUUGAGGCUUCUGAUUGCGUUUAAAAA